GUCCUUGUUUCAAUUCCUGUAGUGUUUCCUGACCCAUCGUCAAUUGGCCAGUCGCGAAUCCAGGACCAGAAAUGGAGCCUCAAGAAAUCUUGGAGCACGAAGGAGGAGGUGCUCUGCGUACAAUUAAGGAUCUAUCAGCGGGCGCAGCUGGCGGAAUAGCGCAGGUGCUUCUUGGUCAACCAUUCGACAUCGUCAAGGUCCGGCUCCAAACGACCACUCAAUAUUCCAGCGCCCUUGACUGCGCGUCCAAGAUCCUGAAGAAUGAGGGACCCCUCGCUUUCUACAAGGGAACAUUGACACCUUUGAUUGGAAUUGGUGCCUGCGUUAGCGUUCAAUUCGGAGCCUUCCACGAAGCGCGCCGGCGACUGGAGGAGCUCAACAAAAAAAAGUACGCUGACAGCGCCCUCGGCUACGGCCAAUAUUACCUCGCGGGCGGCUUCGCAGGCAUCACAAACUCCUUCCUCUCCGGCCCGAUCGAGCAUGUCCGUAUCCGUCUUCAAACCCAGCCCCACGGCGCAGGCCGCCUUUAUAACGGACCUCUCGACUGCAUUCGCAAGCUCACAAACCAAGGCGGCUUCCUUAAGGGUCUUUACCGCGGCCAGGCUGUUACCUAUCUGCGUGAAGUCCAAGCUUACGGCGUGUGGUUCCUGACUUUUGAGUACCUCAUGAACCAAGAUGCGAAGCGCAACAACGUCAAGCGUGAGGACAUCUCCAGUCUCAAGGUCGCUACGUAUGGAGGGCUAGCCGGUGAGGCUCUAUGGUUGUCUAGCUACCCGAUGGACGUGGUGAAGAGCAAAAUGCAAAGCGAUGGGUUCGGUGCGCAGCAGCAAUUCAAGAGCAUGACCGACUGCUUUAAGAAAACGUAUGCGGCAGAGGGACUCGCGGGCUUCUGGAAGGGCAUUGGGCCGACCCUACUCAGGGCUAUGCCUGUUUCUGCGGGAACAUUCGCUGUUGUUGAACUCACCAUGAGAGCUCUAGGUUAGAUACACUCAGCAUAUAGAACGGUUUCUUUCCAGUUUAGAUAUCCCAACGGCUUAUUCAACAACGAGGAAAAGUUUUGAAGGAAAGUUCAUCCUAUGGCCUUGCUUGUCAUUAUACCUCCUUCGUUUGCAAAUACUACAUAGAACGACAAGACAAAACGGAUUUGACAUCCCAGAAUACGAGUAGUGCAGUUACCGAAUAUAUUCUGUUAAUACAGUGACCAUACAAUAUCUAUACAUACAAGCCGUAUAUCAAUUCCCAAAACAAAAACGAUGAGAGACAACCAGCUUUCACCAGGAUUAGAAUUGCGGUGAUCCAACCUCACCUGCAUCGCCGUGCAGAGCUUUCCUCUCUAAAUCCUUUUUAGCCUGCUCCAGCCUCCUCUUCUGACCAGCCUGACCAGCCCGUCCCAGCACACCUGCGAUGACAGCAACGGAACGCAGACUGUCAUCAUUGGCGGGAAUUGGGUAAGUCACCCUCGUGGGGUCCGCAUCCGUAUCGAUUAUUCCAAUGGUAGGGACAUUGUUGAGCCCGCACUCGUGAAGCAAAGGCUCGUUCUCCAGCGGGUUGAGGCAAAUGACGAGGUCCGGUUUGAGAAUGGCGUGGUCAGCAAGUGACUCCUUGAGAUCCGGCAGCUCCUCAUCAAGCACAUUCAC